CAUAUCUGUUUUUAAGACCAGCCCCCGGCCGCGGGGAGGAUCCUGUGUUACACACUAACGUACAGCGUACGACUCGUGUAUUCUACGUAGUUCCAAGAGAGAUGGCAGAAGUCGCACCCGCUCCCGCCGCCGCGCCGGCCAAAGCGCCCAAGAAGAAAGCAGCUUCGAGAGCAAAAAAAGCCGGCCCUAGCGUCGGCGAACUGAUCGUCAAAGCCGUUUCCUCGUCUAAGGAGAGGAGCGGCGUGUCUCUCGCUGCUCUGAAGAAAGCGCUGGCUGCCGGCGGAUACGAUGUGGAGAAGAACAACUCCCGCGUCAAAAUCGCUGUUAAGGGUCUCGUGACUAAAGGCACUCUGGUGCAGACCAAAGGGACCGGCGCGUCUGGCUCUUUCAAGCUGAACAAGAAGCAGACCGAAGCCAAGAAGCCCGUGAAGAAAGCCGCGCCCAAAGCGAAAAAGCCCGCCGCCAAAAAGCCCGCCGCUACUAAGAAGCCCAAGAAGGUAGCGGCCAAGAAACCCGCCGCCGCGGCCAAGAAGUCUCCUAAGGCGAAGAAGCCCACAGCCGCCGCAAAGAAAGCCACCAAGAGCCCGAAGAAGGCGAAAAAGCCCGCGACCCCUAAAAAGGCAGCCAAGAGCCCCAAGAAAGCGAAAGCUGUCAAGCCCAAGACCACAAAGCCUAAAGCGGCAAAGGCGAAGAAGGCAGCACCCAAAAAGAAGUAAAGACGUUUGUUUCUUUCAUGCUUUUGUUCCUUAAACGGCUCUUUUAAGAGCCACCCAUAUUUUCCUUUAAAGAGCAACAUUUUCAGUCAAGCUUUAUGUAAUCAAAGCAAUACACGUUAGAAACAUA